AUGUACGUUGCGGCAGCGCAUCAACGUGUGCGGGUCUCGUCCAAGCCGUUGCACCUACACCUGCGGCUGCACUUGCACCUACGCUCUUCAACGCCUCGACUGCUACCCCACCAUCACCAGCAACACCAGCCCUCGUCGAAUUGGACCCCAUCCCCAAGAUAUCAUCGGCGGACACGCGACCACCCAGCCAACCGAGAUCCUUGGAAGCUCGAUCCCGAUUCCCCUCCAGGCUACCCCCCGCUUUCGCCCUGGGACACCGCCAAAGCGGCCCGAGGACCCAGGCCACACGAGUUACCCAGCACACCACCGCCGCUCGACGAGACAACCCAGUGGGCUGUAAAAGCUCGACCGUUGAGCAGCUGGUCGUUGGGCAGUCCCAGAUUCGUCCUCCUUCCCGACAAACCCCCCUCCACCGACCCCCACCCCGGUAUCACCGUCCUCCGCUCCUCUACCGGCAUGUUGUCCUACGUGCAGGUCAUCACCGCGCCCUCGGCCGACACGCCCGGGGGCUGCCUCGUGCUGCACUUUGACAACCGCCGCUACUUCUUCGGCCGUGUCGCCGAGGGCACGCAGCGGAACAUGAUCCAGCGCAAGGUCUCGCUCGCCAAGGUCCGUGAUAUCUUCUUGUCGGGCGGCAUCUCGUGGGACUCGACGGGUGGUCUGCUCGGCAUGAUUCUCACGCUUGCCGACCUCCACGCUGCCUCGGCCGCGGAUCAUGAGCAGAAUAGGAAGGCGAGGCCGAAUAAGAAGAACGAUAAUACGAUGCCGCAGCUGAACAUCCAUGGAGGCAAGAACUUGGUGCAUUUACUAGCGACGGCCCGCCGGUUUAUUCUGAGGAAAGCACUGCCUGUCCAGCCUCGCGAGUUGGGGCGUGACCCCCGCGCUGAUGAGGCAAAGAGGAACGAGCCGGACUAUGAGGAUGAAAACAUCCGCGUGUGGUCUGUCGUAGCCUGGGCUGAGCCUCCCGAAGCCCCCCGCAACGCGCUCGUGGACGAGCUACUACGGAGCUCCGGUGAUAGCCCGGCAAAGAAGCGGAAGCUGAGCCCGCUUUCGGAGGAAGACGCCGACCAAUCCGUCCGGGAGUCCGUCGUCAGGGACAUGUUCAACUCCAAGUGGAAUCUCGACACGCUGCAUGAGGUGAGGCUCGCCGAUGUGCGCCAGCCCGCCAAGAUCUUUGUCCGCAACGCCCAGGGACACAUCGAGCCCUACGAGGGUCCCACGGCCUUUGAAGCCCCGGAUACCAAGGUGCUUGUACGCAACCCCUGGCCGGCCUCACAGCUUGAGCACCUGCCGCCAACCAAGCCCUCCACGCAGUCCAUGUCGUAUAUUGUCAAAUGCCACGCGCGCCGCGGCAAGUUUGACGCUGAUGCGGCCGACCGGCACGGUGUCGCCAAGAGAGACCGCAAGGUACUCGCGGCUGGGAAUAACGUGACCACGGCACAAGGCAAGGUUGUUACCCCCGACAUGGUCGUUGGGCCGUCCGUCAAAGGUCACGGGUUUGCCGUCAUGGACAUUCCAUCGAACGAGCUCCUCGAGCCUUCGCUCGCGCGGCACGAGUGGGCCAACGAGGAGAUCAUGGACUGCAUCGACACCAUGUACUGGAUCCUCUCGGACGGCGUGUCGUUCGAGGGCGACGCAAUCCAAGCAUUCAUCGAGAAGCACUCUUCCAUCAAGCACAUCGUGUUGGGCCGCGAAUUAUGCCCCAACCUGCUGGCGCUGGAGAACCCAUCCGGCCAGCUCCUCAAGAUGCACACGAUCGAUAAACACCGUUUUCCACUGCCCCAGUUCUACAACAAGCCGGUCAGGAGCGCCCCGAAGAGUCUGAAGGCCCUUACCGAGAUUGGCCACGUCGGCCACAAGUGGCAGCUGGCUCCGACGCCUCUCGAACAGGUCGACAGCAUUGUGCCCCACAUGGACACUAAGAAGGCCAUCUGGCAGCUGCAGAAGUACGCACCCAAGGCUUUAGCCCUGGCCAAAGCCGCCCGCCAAACCGCGGCCGACCCCAAGUUCCGCGCCGACGAGGAGCGGUCCCGGCAGACCUUGCCCCGACCGGACACCCAGAUCAUCCCGCUGGGCACCGGCUCAGCCAUGCCGUCCAAGUACCGCAACGUGUCGGCCACGCUAAUCCGCGUGCCCGGCUGGGGCAGCUACCUGCUCGACUGUGGUGAGAACACGCUCGGCCAGCUGCGCCGCUCGUUUGGCUACCGAGAGGCCGACAAUAUCCUCCGCGACCUGCGCGCCAUCUACGUCAGCCACGCCCAUGCCGACCACCACCUCGGCACCGUCAGCGUCAUGGCCCACUGGGACAAGGUCACCAAGGCUGUUCCGGCCUACGCCAACAACAAACUCGCCAUCAUCGCCCCGUCCCGGUACCAGGACUUCAUCCGCGAGUCGUUCGACAUUGAACCCGUCGACCCCCAGCGCAUAGUGCAAGUCGCCCUGCACCCUCGAGAGGACAUGAACCCCGACAGCGAGUCCGGGCCCAUUCGCCCUAUUCCCGGCCGCCGUGCUGUGCCCGGGUUCCCCAGGGGCUUUGAUCCUGCGACGCUACGCCUACCGUAUAUUCAAGCCUGCUACGUCGACCAUUGCUUUGAGGCCACUGCGAUCAUCCUCACUUUCCCGCCAGAGAACGCUGAGGAUGCUUCCGCGACCGAAACUACGGGGGCGACGGCUGGUUCCGUGGCUGAUGCCGCGGCCGACGCCAACGUCGAGGAGACGAACACCGGCGCUGAUGCUAACGCUGACGCUGACGCUGACAACAUCGCGAUGGAUACCACCGACCUCGAGGCUACUAUCGACGCCGGUGUGGCUGACGUUGCUAAUGAUGCCCCAACCAACAUCACGGCUGAUGUCGACACCACAACUCUCGAAACCAACACCGACGCCGACACAGUCACCGAUACCGUCAUCCCGGACGCCACACCCGAAACACCCACCGAAACAACCGCCCAACCCGCCCUCAGCGCAGGCAACACAUCCGGCAGUCUCCGAAUCGCCUACUCCGGCGACUGCCGCCCGUCCCCACGCUUCGCCCACUACGCCCGCGGCGCCCACCUGCUCAUCCACGAGUGCACCUUCGAAGACGAGCUCAGCGGCGACGCCCACGCCAAGAAACACUCCACCUUGUCCGAGGCGCUCGACAUCGGUCGCCAAAUGGGCGCCCGCCGUAUUCUCCUCACCCACUUCUCGCAGCGCUAUCCCAAGCUGCCGACCUUCGACAAAGCCGCGCUCUCACCGGCCUCGUCGCCAGCACCACGCGGCUUUGGAGGAAAACCUUCUCAGAUUCCGGCUGACGCUGCGGACAGCGCGGACGCAGCGGCCGCGGGUGAGGCAGUCGCUACUACUAAGACUGAUGAGGAGAUUGCUGCCGAGGAAGCGGCCAAUGAUGUCGAAGUGCUGUUUGCGUUUGAUAUGAUGCGGGUUAAACUAGGGGAUUUCAAGACGGCGCAGUUGUAUUUGCCUGCGCUACGGGAGCUGUUGGCGCAGACGGCGGAGGUGGAGGCUAAGGAGGAUGCUAGUGCUAAGGAGUUGUGA